GCUUAGUCCAAGCUGCAGCUUUAUCCAAGGGUGAAGGGUUUGAUAUUUUUCAUUUUUCUUAUGUAGUAGGACCAGCAUGGCAGGGUUCAGGUCGUCAGCACUGCUAACAGUACUCAUACUGACUUUUAGGACCUUGGAAGGGACGAGCCAGACUGGAUCCUGCAGGCUUGUGUGUGACCCUUUCCAAGGCCAGAGCGGAACACAAGAGCUGGGGGCUAAUGGUCUGGUCAUCCCUCUGUCUUCUUCUGGACAGGGACCUGCAGGUCCUGCAGGGCCACCAGGAAAAGCAGGACCUCCUGGUCUGCCUGGACCGAAAGGAGAUGGAUGUUUCAGAAACGGACCAGUAGCCUUUUACGCAGCACUGAAGGAAGACUUCGGGAAUGAAGAGAUUCUGAAGUUCAGUUUGGUGAAGACAAACCUGGGUCGCGGUUAUAAUGCCUUGACUGGCACGUUCACCUGCAAGUCAGCUGGUUUGUAUUACUUCAGCUACCACAUAGUGAAGAACGGACUUAGCCUGAGAGCCGACCUGGUACUCAAUGAUCAGAUUGUGGCGAGUGCCGUGGCAGUAGACGCCCUCCACACCGACACGGCUAGUAACAGUGCAGUGUUGGAGCUGAAAGCUGGCGAUCGGGUGUUUGUUCGCCUGAACAAUAGCGACAGAACGUUUAAGGACACGCAGAACCUCUUCAGCACCUUUUCAGGCCACUUGCUCUACGUGCUGUGAGACACAGCUUCACCUGUACCAGCUUGAUCUCUGAAUCUGAAGCACAUUCCACUCCUUUACCCAAUUACCUCUGCUUUUGUACCGAGAAGCUUUCUAUUCAUGCCAGAUUUUUUUCUAGUAAAUAAAAGAAAUGCUCUGUUA